AUGGUAAUUGACGAUUCUUCCAUCAAAAAAGCCGAUAUUGCAGUUUAUCUAGAACAGCAUUAUACACAAUUCUUAAAUUUGAAACAAUAUGUGGAAUAUAUAACUGUGAAUUCCCCAUGGAACUCUGUACUAAACAAUUUGGCAUCACUUUCCUCACACGAAAUUGAAGAAUUUGAAGAGUUUCUUCAGUCCACAUGGGCCGGAUUCUAUGACUUUUCAUUUCCUAAAUUUGGCAGUUUUAAUCCUCAGUAUUCUCAGUCAGAGUUGGUUUUACAUGUCACACAACAUAUGUUUAAAAAUGAUUCAAAGUAUAAUAAUAAUCUUUUGACGAAAGGGUUUACCACGAAUAAUGAAAACUUUCGAGCCACUCAUGUAAAUGGUGAGAGAUUGGGCUUAGUCUCCACAUUUCCAAAUGGUUCAAUACAUACCUUGACGUCGGAGAAUUGGAAGCUUUUACUUGAAGUAAUUGGAUGUGAUGCAAUGUACCACUUAUUGUACAAAGGAAGCAUAUUUUCAUAUUUGCCAAACAAUAAUUAUCUACAAGUAACUGGGGUUCCAAUCUAUUCUUUCAACUUGAAAUCCAGUUUUGUUGGAAAAAAAAGAAAGUUUGAAAGCUUAAGGCAUGAAAAUGGCCAUCAGAAGGAAACUCGUAUCGGGAAUCCCUGGAACAAAAUCUCUGUAAAACGUUUUCGACUAUUUUAUAAAUACUUUUACAAACACUUUAAAAAAGAUCGAUUUUUUAAUAGUGGUCAGUUGACUAAAAAGACAACGGUUUAUUGGCUACAGUGGAUUUUUCCUCAACAGUUUGGGCUUCCAAGCGUAUUUUCUGACGAAGGUUUUGAAAAUAGAGCUUCUUCUGUUCUGCCCAAAAAACUUGACAUCCCAAAACGUUUAUUGAAAGCCGCUCCUUUAAUUCAUAGCAUUGCUAAAAACCUUCACCAGGUAUCACUGUUAUGCACUUUUAAUCAUUAUUGCCCAAGGCGUACUAAUAUACAUUUUGAGGAUCCAGAAAAAUCAAAAGUACUUGCUUACUCCUUAAAUGUAAACCAAGUUCAUGCCUUCUUGCGAUCGGUUAUUCUUAAAGUUUUUCCAAAGUGUGUUUGGGGUACCACACAUAUUUUUAAUAUUGUUAUGCGAAAAUUACUUAUUUUUCUACAAUUAACGCGGUUUGAAACAAUUACGCUUCAUUAUAUAAUGCACAACAUCCCAAUCAGGAGCAUUCCUUGGAUACGUUUGGGAGAGAAUGACUCGAAAAAGCUUUGCCUUAGUGAUUUUGAAAAGAGAAAGCAGAUCUUUUCCGAGUUUAUGUAUUGGUUUUUCAACACAUUUGUAAUAUCUUUACUGCAGUCGUUUUUCUACUGCACCGAAUCAGUUGAAAGCAAAAAUGCAACUUGUUAUUUUAGGAAAGACGUGUGGGCUUCUUUAUCUAACCCUUACCUAAGAAUGGUAAAAGACAGCAGCUACAUGCCUAUCGAAACGCAUGAAAUAUUGAAAGAUUCAGUCUUACCACCGGCAACUAUUCGGUUAAUUCCAAAGAAAGAUUCAUUUCGAUUAAUUACAAAUUUGCGUCGUAAACAUUUAAUGAAGAAUACUUUUGACAACCACGGACCCGGGCAUUUGGUUAGCACAAACCAGCUAUUGCAGCCGUUAGCUUCUGUGCUUAGGUUGUCGAUGUCAGAUUACGAGUCUAGAGCUGAUGAAUCAUUUUCAUACAGAAAUGUGUUUUCGAAAAUUCUUUUUUACAAGGAAGACCUUCAAAAACACUGUUUGUAUAAUCGGAAAAAAUAUUUUGUUCGUGUUGACAUAAAGGGUUGUUACGAUAAUAUUAAGCAAGACUUGAUGAGCCGCAUAACGAAACUUCAUUUGAAGGAUCCGGAGUAUGUCAUACGUAAAUACUGUAUGAUUCAAAAAUCACAAGGUCAAUUGAUCAAGCAGCAUGUGAACGAAGCACAUAGUUACUUUGACCUUAAACCCUUUGAACGACUAGCGUCCUCCUUGGCAACUAGAAUGAAAGAUACCAUUUUCGUUGAUAACGUCGAAUACUGGACAAAAACGUUCGACGAACUUUUUUCUAUCCUUGAGAAGCAUUUAAAGCAAAGUGUUGUAAAGAUUGGUCGUAAAUAUUACCGUCAAACACAGGGAAUUCCUCAGGGGUCCGUUAUAUCUUCUUAUUUAUGUCAUUUUUAUAUGCAAGAAUUGAUUGAAGACUAUUUGUUAUUUACGAAAGAGAAAGGAUCAAUCCUUAUACGUGUUGUUGAUGAUUUUUUGUUUAUUACUGUUCACAAGAAAGCCGCUAAUCGGUUUCUGAAAUUAUCUUCAAAAGGUAAUUCCAUCCGCGUUUCUAAAGCUAAUGCUUAG